AUGGAGGAGCCGAUUGCUGCUCAAGUCACGGGGCCCAACACCAACCCGACCUCAUCCAUCGCCGCGGCGGCCUUGCUCAACAAGCUCGAAACGCUUCUACGCGACAAGGCGAACGAGAUUCACCUCGCCGGUCAACUCGGCUCGAACCUCUUGGCGCAACAGACCGAACUCGAAGCUCGCGUCAGGGAGAUCGCUGAAUUGCACCAAUCGCUCGUUCGAUCACCUUCCUCGCUUGAUGCUUCGACGGGGGGGACGAGAAGGGCUCGAGGAGGGGUCACGUCGAAUGGCGCUGACGAUUCGAGCGACGGCGAGGACAAGGCCGUUGGGGCGGAGACCAAGAAACGACUCGACGCCCUCGAGAAUGAAUUGCGACAAUGGGAUGAAAGCAAUCAACCUCUCUACCAAACGGUCGGGAUGGCCGCAGCACGAGGGAUCCCCGAUAUCGACUCGAACGACAUAGACCCGACCGCCAACGCCAACGCCAACGACGAGGCCGAGCGGGACGUCUUCAUGUCCCCACCGCGGACGACGACCUCGAUGCAACAAAAGGUCGCACCACCUGCUUCGGCACCCAAUCGUGGGCGAGGACUGGCCCACACCAGCUCUGCCUCCAUCCCACCCGUCCCGAGUCUAUCUCAAUCCACCACCGUGGCAAGCGCAGCCACUGCUGCAGCUAGCGGUCACACCGAUACCGCUUCGUCCCGUCGCGCUCGCAACAACGCCCAACACCGCAACAACGACAUUGAACUCGCGACCGAGAUUGGACAAAGUCUUUUGGGCGAGGUCAGACGGUUGCAGGCUUUGCUGUCGGAAAAGGAGGAGCACAUGCGCGAUGGGCUGAGGGAACGGGAUGCGCUGGAAUCCGAGUUGGAGAAUGAGAGGUCGAUUAGGCGCACGGUCGAGGAAAGCGUUGGUGAGUCCACAAAAGCUGAUGGGGAUGUUUGAGAUGAUCAAUGAUGCGACCUUGUGGAAUUUGACCGGCUCACAGAGAAAUACAAGGAAGAAAACUGGAACCUCGAACUCGUGACCCAGGACCUCCGCACAAAUCUCACGGACUCGCAAAGUUUGUUGCAAAAAGCCGACCUCGAACGCCAACGUGCUCUCCGGGAUCUCGCGACAACGCGUGAAACGCUCGAUACGCAACGCUCCGAAGCCGAGAAGCUGGCGCAACAACUCGAGGCGUUCAAGCAAAAGCACGAGACGGAUCUUGCGACAAUGCGCAAGCAGACCGCAGGCUUGCAACGCGACAAGAGCGAUCUACAAGGCACACUUGAAGGGCUCAAGACCGAAUUGGCCACCCGCGCUCGUGGCAUCAAGCGAGCGGGAUCCGGGCACAACCUUGACCGAUCCCCUGGCGCCGACGAUAGCUUCGAGGAGAGGCGGGACGAUCUGUACGACGACGAGGAAGGCGACGUCUUCCGAGGCGCCGCGCGUCGCAAGACCGGCGAUGGCUUCCCUCCUGGAUCACCGGCCGACCUCUUCUCCGAAUACGGCGACGAUUCGGUCGCGGGCUCUCCCGUGCAACGCGGUGGCUUCCUUUCGACGCCCGACGACUCGCACAAGGCUGGUCUUGCGCAUGCCCAGAGGACGAUCGCGACGUUGCGUGCUUCGUUGGCUCGCGAAAAGGCCACCAAGAUGGAGUUGCGACGACAGCUCGCCGACAGUGGUAUUGCUUGGGAGGAGGAGACCGACGCGGGUGAGGGCCGCAGCACUCGCCACAGUACACCAGCACGCAACGCGCCUGGAAGCGCACGCGGCAGUGUGCGCGGCAGCGCCCGGGGCCGAGGUGCGGCUCGACGACGCGGUGGUGUCGCCGUCGGUAUACCUUCUCGUCUUCGUCAAGACGCCGGUGACAGCUCGAUCGACGAGAGUGAAGAGAAUGACAGCGUCGGCGGUGAGGCAAUGGGGAGCUUCGAUCGUGCCUCGCUGUUUGAGCAUCAAUUCCCGAGCGUCGAGGACGAGUACUCCGAGGUCGACUCGCCAAUUCGCCACAACCGUGAUUUCAGCCUCGACGAUGCUAACCCCUUGUCAGAAGACGACGCCAGUAUUCGAUCACGUCGCUCCUCGUUGAGACAAACGACGAACCUCGGUGACGUCUUGGGCGGCCUCAGCAACGACAACUCGCAUCGUCGAACCAGUCUCAUGAGCCUCUCAUCGACCGUGAGCGCUGCGCGCGACUCGAUGCGGGCCCUUUCACCCGAGCCGGAGAUGACGGCCAUCGCACCCGUCGAGCCGGCCAAGCAUCAGAUCGUAUGGACCGACUGCUCAACGAUGACCGACCCCUUAGCCGAACCUAUCGCACCCGAGCCAGUGACGGUCACGGUUUACGUCCCCGCUCCUAUCCCCGACUCGGCCGAGAUCGGCGUGCAAACCGAGCCACUCCCCGUCCCCGCCCCUGUGACUGUCGUCGAAUACGUCGAGGUCCCUGCGCCGGUCGCUCAUUCCGCUGUCAUGGUCGACAUGUCCGGACAAACGGACCCUGCGCCUGUCGCACCUACGAAGGAGAUGGCGGUGACGACGGAUCCGAUCACAAUGACCGAGGCCAGCACCUCGACCGAUCGUGUGGGCUUGUCCGAGAUGCAAGUCCAGACGGACCCGGUCCUCACCCCUGCAGCAACGGUCGCGGUCGCUCCUUCCUCUGUUGCGUCACCGCAAGACAUGGAAGACAAGGCGCUCGCUUCGCAGGCUUCUUUGACGAGCCUCAACAUUGGCAAGAUCUUCAGCGCUUUCAGUCGAAGUGGCAGCACCCCCUCGGCGCCCGCCUCGAUCACCCGAUCUGCGACCGAGUCGACUAUUGACGGCUUCCGCACCGCCAACGAAGCGACCGAGGACGAAACCGAGACUGAGACCGAGACCGAGACCGACAGCGAUUUCGAGGACGCACGAGAGACGAUCGGUGCCACCUCUCCGUUCCCGUCGACGACGCAUUCGCGUUCCGAAUCGGUCAACGACUUUGUCUCGAUCCGUUCUUCGACCUCGGCUUCCUUCAACGCCGUUGGUCCUUACAAUGCCGUCAAGUCGACCGAGGACAGCGAUUACGACGACAACAUUGAGAUUUUGAGAACGCCACUCACUCCCAAGAAUGGUCGUGAAUGGACGGCAAGUCGCGAGACGUUCGGUAACUUCACCGUCAAGAUGCCCAUCAAAGUCACGGUGCACGAGGUCGGCGUCCAGACCGAGGCUUAUGCGCCGCCCAUCGUCGAGACGCCGCGACCCAGGACUCCGAUCACGCCCAUGUACGGCAUGAGCAAUCGCGAUCGAGAUUCGAUAAACACCUUUGGUCGCGCCGAUACCCCCGACAACCUUAGCGAUGCAGCCGCGAGGGCGUCCUCUUUUGUGCAAGGCACCUACACCGAUGGUGCGUCUCGACCCGAGUCGGCCAUGUCGGGCUUCUCGCAGUACACGACCGAUGCUGGAUCGGCACCGCCCCUGUCCCCCGUCGGUCUCAAGCCAAUGCGGCUCGUUCCCGAGGUAGCAGCAUCGAGGAUGGGCCCGCCUCCGACCCCCGUACGACGCAGCCAUACACCCGCUGGUACACCUGGUCGUCCUGCUGCCGCCGGGCCUCGUCACAGCAACCUGUCGAGCACGUCUCAUUCUUCGCUUCGAGCUCCCCCUCGCCCUACUUCGCCUCCUCCCGCCGACCUCUUGCACCGUGCUCAGAGCCCCGCCUUUGACGAGGAUUAUGCGCGGCGCUCCUCGACACUGCUCGUCCCUGGUACAGUGCGCUCGACGCCCUCGCGGGGUAGCUCGUUGCAGAACUUGCGCCCUCAACAAUCUAUGACCCAAGUCAUGGACCGCAAGAGCAUCAGUAACAAGUCGCGCAGCAGCACGAUCAGUCGUGCCGAAGGAGCGGGUCACGUGCCACCUCUUCCCAGCGGUCCCCCUCUUUCUUCGUCCGCACGAUCCAUUUCAGAGAUGAGCAUGCACAGCGAGAUGUCACGCCGACCCUCGAUGGCAUCCUCCAGGACGAGUGAAGGCGGCCUCUUCGACGCGCACAACCCGUCGCGCGGUGACGAGCCCCUACGCAACGGCGACGAUUCGACGGACCCAGCAGUGAUCCAUGCUAUUACGCAAACGAUGAUUGGCGAGUUCCUGUACAAGUACACGCGACGCGCGAUCGGGAAGGGCAUCUCAGAGAAGCGACACAAGCGCUUCUUUUGGGUGCACCCGUACACCAAAACGUUGUACUGGAGCACUUCGGAUCCUGGAGGAGCCAAUACGAAUCAGUCGAGCGCCAAAAGUGGUGAGUCUGCUUGAUCUGAGAAGCCUUUGUGCUUGGUUCGCGUUGCUGACCACUCUAUGCCCUUCCCUGUAGUCUGCAUCGAGGGUGUCCGUCAAGUCCUCGACGCCAACCCGCUGCCACCCGGUCUCCACCAAGGCAGCAUCAUCGUACAAACGCCGAACCGCGAGAUGAAGAUCACAGCGAGUACGCGCGAGCGCCACGACAUGUGGUUCGCCGCGAUCAGCUACCUCCUCGCUCGACCCGACCCCGUCGAAGGGGACACCACGGCCGUGAGCGGUGCAUCGAACGUGUCUCCCUAUGGUAAACGGUCCAUGUCGCACCUCCGACGCAGCGAGAACGAACAAUCUAUGACUCCGAACGCCAGGAUGUACAACCUCGGUGGAUCGGCUUCCGAAUCGCGCUUGACGCCCAAAGCGACCACUCAUUCCCGCUUGGGAGGGACAAGCACGACGCGUAGUCACAAGCUUUCGUCGACAACGUUCAACUCAACCUACAAGCGGUCUGGAACGCCCGCGAAUGAUUAUCAACGCUACAAUGAGUUUGGGAGUCCUCGUAGUGCGCGGACGUUGUCGUUCUUGGGGGACGAGAGCGUCGAAUUUAUUGAUCGACGGGAUAUCCCUGCGGGUCUUGGGGAUGAGGAAGUGGACGAGACGUGGGAAGGUCUGGAGAAUGUGAGGGCGUGUUGUGAUGGCAAACAUGAUGGUGAGUUGACCCUUUCGAAGAUGAUUGAGCGAGUACUUGCUUUGUUGCGACGCUGAUAAAGUUCUACUUGGGUGCCUGGUUCGAUCUCACAGUCGGUAGCCUGAGUCGACGAAGCGGAUCUAGCGCCCACCACCCCCAUCACCAGUGAGUUCACUUGCCGCUUCGGUCGAAUCACAUAUCCCUCGAAACUAAGCACAGUCCUUAUCUCUUGCAGUCACCACUCGCACUCCAGUCGUCGAUCGGGUCUGCUCUCGGACGCCGAAUCACGUUCGAUGCCCCCCUCCCCAGGCCACGGUCAACGCUCGCGCAGCAAAUCCGCGCUCGGAACAGUCGGGUCGAACUUCUCCCGUCGGUUCAACGACUCGUCCUCGACUUCCCUUGGCUCAAACUCGAGAUCAGGGUCCAAGACGACUGCGACUGCGAUUGCGAAAGCGGGUCCGCCCGUUUUGGCACCUGCGACUCCGUUGGCGCCUAUUACGAUGAAUGUCGCACCUAGGUGA